GGGGAAUAAGAAAAGAAAGGAUACACACUCACUGACCAGGUGAUCUCAAAUACCUAAUAGACCAGGGAGAUGGAAGAACAGCCAAGAGGUCUUGGUCAGGAGGCAAUGGGGCAGUGUCCCACUCCAACUCAAGAGAAGCCGUGCAUAAGUUCUGCUUCUGACCAACAGAGAUUCGGCGUCCCUAUCCCUGGCAUCAAAGUACUCCAAAAAUCCCUUUCCAAAUGACCCCUUUUAUAUCUAUGUAAACCAGGGAAAGACAAAUCUUAAUAUUUUGUUUUGUGCACGAAACAAUCCUUGGUGAGCGCUCAGGUCCAGGUAUGCAUACAUCUUAACAAAGGUUGGGGCUUGAUCAGAGCCCCAAAUACCUGUUUGUUGUGUAAGUCUCCAAGGAGUGAUCAAUUCCUUGGACAAUUAUACACCUUUCUCAAGAAAAACGUUCCUUGAGAUGAAUUGCUUUCCCAGGUAACAUAGUUUGUUGGUUAUUUAAUGUUCCAUCUCCAUGGUCACUCCAAUUUAUCUUUAUGUCAGGUCAUGAGGCACAGGGGGCUGGGGAGGAUCUAUCCUCCUCAGUUUCCCUUACACUCUUUUCCCCACACUGAAUUGAAAAGUUACCCAAGUUGCCAUAACCUAAAGAUAUGUGUGAAGAAUGUAGGAACCUUUGGGAAGGCCAUCAGGGUACGAGGGGUGGGGUAGGGGAAUGACCCCACCCAGCCUCAGUUCCCUUUGAUUCAUUACAGCUUCCAUGUUCCAAACCUAUAAUUUAUCCCUCCUAGUUUUACUACUAUGAAAGAAAGAGUUAAAUCAUUGUUUUGUUCUGUUUGUUUGGGAAAGAUGGAGUUUGUGGAGAGAAUCAGAAGAGGGAUACAGGAUAUGGAAGUUCUAAGAGAUCUGGUCAAGGGACACAGAUCUCUACUUAAAGCUCUAUUGGGAUUGAGUGGGGAGGUGCUAUUGGUCUUCAAGAGUGAGGGAGGGCAUCAUUUACAGUGCCUGGCACAUAGUGAGCAUUUAAUAAAUAUGCUUUAUCUAAAAAACAAAGAACUAGGGAAGGGACAUGGUUUUCUGACAGAAAAAUUAUGUGAGUGGGGGAGAAUUAAGACCUUUGAGAGACAAAAGACUGUCUGGAAAGGAUUUGGGGGGCGUGGUCAUAGGGGCUUUAGAAGAUGCUAGGAUCUCUGUCAGUGUUUAGAGGCCACACCCAAGUCCCACCUGGGGCCCCCUGGUUUGGUGAGGUGAGGCAUGACUCUGCCUCCUUUUUUUAUUGCCCUGUAAAGCCCAGCACUAGGGGGAUAUAAGCCAGCUGCUUUGGUGUGGGGGGUGGGAGGGAGGAAGAGAGAGACUAGAGGAAAAGUAACAUCAUGAGCUCUGAAAUCCUCUGGAUCCUGCUGUGUACCCUGCUGGGGAAAACCCUAGGCAAUCGAAUACGAUGUUAUGAUUGUAAUCCAGAUGGUCCCUGCACUGAGAUUGUAAGAACAUGUGAGGAGGGCGAGCGCUGUGGAUUCCUGGAGCAGAGACUCAAUCAAGAAGAGCAGGUCAAGUUUCCAGGGAACCCCACAGUCACCCUGAUCCACCACCGCCCUACCUGUGUGGUUGCCCAUCGCUGUGAACAGCAGGAAACAGAGUUGGUGGGUGGUGUGUCCUAUACCACUCACAGUAGCUGUUGCCAUGGUGACCUCUGCAAUGGUGCUGCGACUACUAUGAUUCCUAGCAUUGCCUUGGCUACUCUGGUGGCCACCACACUGGCUUGGAUCCUUCCAGGACUGUGGGGAGGGUAAUGGCAUUGCUAUAUAGGCACAGGGAGUGAGUAGGGCUGUGAUACCCUCCUCCAAUGUCUAUUAAACUCUACUGACUGAUUUACAGCUGAGCAGAAAAUUCACAUGUUGUGAUGGGAUUGGGGCGAGGGAAUGCAAGGGAGGAAAAUGGAAAUAGGGCUUGGGGGCCUCAGGAAGUGAUCAAAUCUCAGCAGCCAGGGACCCCAAGAGAUGAUGAGAGUACUUGGAGUGCCUGCUAGAUGCUGUUGUUGGGGAAAACCUUCCAAAACCCUGAAACGAGGUAUGUAGGUGAUGGAAGAGUGUCUUGAGUACUCAGUGAGGGUGACCAGGCCUCCCUAGAGCUAUCUGUCUGUGUGUUGUCCUACCCGGCCUUCCCCCUUUCCCCCCACCCUAUAUACACCUUAGCAAAUAAGACAGGGUUGUUUGGAACUCAGAGGAGACAGGAGACAGUUGGGGCAGCUAUUUAAGGGUUGUUUCCCAGGCCUGAGACUUUCCCCUAAAAAACAGCCAAAAAUCUCAGAGUUAAGGAAAACCAUAGCUACUAGAAUCCUUGGCAGGGAAUUGCUCCUACCUCAGUCUAAUCCUUCUCACCCAGCUGAAGUCUCAAGACUACCUGCAGCUCUGGAUGAAAAGUCCUCAAGGGGUGUGGUCCGUACAACAUGUUCCCCCAAACAUUAGGUCCUCUGCCAAUUCUCCAGGCAGAGGUAGGAACAGAAGAGGCCAGAAAAACUUGUUGAUCCAGAUCCUCCCUUCUCCACCCCAAACAGAGAAAUUCCCUGAGGGAGCUUCAGGGAUAAACAACUUGGGUGCCCCAA